CAUCCUCUUCUCAAGCAUCCAUACGGUGAUACGCGGCCAUUCAAGCUAAUAUUUGAAUAAGGACCGAAAACUAAAGGAUUCACCACUAUGACUGUCUCUGGAACGGAAAGCGAUGCUGAAACCGUCGCAUUGCGUCUGCUGCAGAAUGUCCGCAAAUCCAACUUGAGUUCACAGACCGGGGAGAGGGCUCCCAAUGAUAUAUCAUCAAUCUUGACCGAUCUGAGGGAGUUAGAGGCCCUUGUAACCAUUCCACAGAUGUGGAACUACCAGGUUGCGACAGCAUAUCAGCGCAGCACGGGGCUAUGCCUGCUGAUGGACUGGAAUAUUCCCGAACAUCUGUCCCGGGCAGGGGGAACCAUGUCUUUGGACAAGCUGAGCAGCGUGACGGGCAUUUCAAAGAAUCUUCUGAGAGGGAUAAUGAGGGAAGCGGUAUUAUGGCACAUUGUCGAUGAACCGGCGCGAGAAGAAUACCAACUCAAUAUCCGCUCCGAGCAUUUGCUCAACAAGGGUCAUGCUGCCCGUGUGCACCAUCAUUGUGAUGUUGGCUUCCGAUCCAACGCAUUUCUACCGGAGUAUCUUUCGAAAGCCAACGGGCAGCAAGACGGUCCAGGUCCAGUCGCUUUUCAAAUGGCCUUUCAGACCGAGAGGCCAUUUUAUGAAUCUCUGGCAUGCGACAAGAUCCGGGGUCCGCGAUUCAACAGCUAUCUCGAGGCAGCAUCAUUCGUUGAUCAAAACCCCAUCGAGCGAUUCUUUCCAUUCGAACAGUUGAAAUCAGGGGCAUUGGUGGUCGACGUUGGUGGUGGCAAGGGCCAGGUGUCCAUGCGAGUUGCUCGCCAGUACCCGAAUUUGUCGUUUAUCGUCCAGGACCAUGUUGUGAAAAGACCAGAAACGGCUGCAGCGGACGACCAAGAGGCUAUAUCACGAAUUCAGUGGCAGCAGCAUGACUUUUUCAACGAGCAGCCCGUGAAAGGGGCAGACGUCUAUCUGAUGAAAGCGGUCAUUAUGGAUCAAUCGAUACCUAACUCCCGGAGGUUGAUCCAGAAUAUUGCAGAUGCCAUGGAACCGAACAAGUCAGUCCUUCUGAUUGACGACGCCCUGGAUCCAGGCUCCGACGGACAGCUUUCUGCCGCGGGGAAUUUCAUGAACACCCAGAUGUUGACCUGCUUUGGCGCUCGCUGGAAGCUUAUGGAGGAAUGGGAGAGCAUUAUAUACGGGGCUUGUAGUCGACUUGAGAUUGUUGACCGUCGAACAGUGUCAAACGAGGCCGGCUGCAGGGCAUUUUUCCGGCUCAACAAACGCAGCUAGUGUUCUAUUAUAUCUUUCUGCUCGGUGUCUGUGAGUCGGCCGGUGAUAUACAGCAAGGUGAAAUGAGAUAGUCUAGGAGAAUAAGCAGUACGAACAAUCUCACUUGGAUCAUGUUAUAAUCGGGGGCACGAGAUACUCUCCGUGGCUAUAUUGGCUCGCUUAGUACGUGGUAUGAUUGUAUAAUUACGAAAACCCACAAAAGGCCUAGCAUAAAGUCAUGUAUAGGUAUUAGCAUGAUACUAAACCUAUCAUCCGGUCAUGUGUCUAAAGACUGGAAAGCUGGCGAUAUUAUCAGAACUUGGGAUGUAGAGUUACUAUGAAGAAAGGAAUGUUCCAAGGGCUACUUCUGAUAUACAGGCCUGACUAUUAAACAUCAUGUAACUGACAGUUCAUUCCAGUGAAUUCAUUGCCUCUACAGGUAGUCUU